CUUGCCUUAACUUUUAUCUUUACUGCGAUCUCUGAAUCUCUUUUUAUUUCUUUGCGACAAAAUCUUAGUCUCGUUGUCUGAGAAAACACGAAAAAUGUCGCCCGCACGAACCGAAGUGGACCGAUCGAGUGGAGACAAAGAGGCAGCUUUCUGGUCCGCACAAGAGGAUGGCUCUGAGACAAAGCCUUAUGGCGCAGCCACAGCCCAACAAGAAGCUGCUCGACAAAAGGAUGUUGAAUUUCGCCAGAAAUUUGGUGAUGCUGGUCCCCUUGGUCUCUCUGGAUUUGCCUUCGCGACGUUUUUAACAGCCUUGGUCAAUCUCAAUGUUCACGGCGUGACUGUUCCCAAUAUUGUCAUUGGACCAGCUCUGGCUUAUGGAGGCCUCGCUCAAUUACUUUCUGGCAUGUGGGAUAUCGCCAAUGGCAAUACAGUCAGCGCCACUAUUGCCUGCUCGUAUGGCUGUUUCUGGAUCUCUUUUGCCAUUAGUCUGAUCCCCAGCUUCCACGUCAGGGAUGCUUACCCCAGUCUUGCCGACUACAACCAUGCCAACGGACUAUUUCUUAUGGGAUUUUUCAUCUUCUCAGUGGCUAUAACUCUGUGUUCUAUGAAGUCGAAUGUCUUUUCUCUGACGCUUUGCCUUCUUGUCAAUUGCACCUGGCUCUUCCUUGGGGUGGCUAACCUCUGCACUGAAGAGUCGGGAGCUCCUAACAACGUGCUCCUCAAGUGCGGCGGUGUGACUGGCUUGUUGGUUUCAUUCACGGCGUGGUAUCUUAUGUAUGAAGGUCUGGCAAACAGACAGAACAGGUAAGUCUACGGAUGGGUAUGUGAGAAUUGCACUGACAGGUCGGGUUAGCUUUGUUCUGCCACCGAAUCCUGAUCUUCCAUGGAAUCUAAGCCGAAGAUCGUAGAAGGGGUCAAUGGUUCUGAUAUAAAAUAACUAUUAAAUUUCAGAUUAGCGAACAUAUUUGACACUGUACUGGAAAUGGCUGUUAGGAUAUGUUUUACACAUAGAAGACAUAAAUCCUACUUCUCAGCCACUGGGGCUCUUAAGUAUGACUAAUCUAUAACAGCUUUACAUCCUAGAGCCACAUGCCUCCAUCACGUCGUUACAGUUUCACAUUCAUCAGGUGGCAAAUUACCAUGAGCCUGAAAUAAGUAGAAAAUAAUAGAUUUAAUACUAGUCGAAAAGAC